GCUCAAAGAACCGACUCGUUCGUCACCGACACAUCACUAUUGGACUCCUGCUCCUCUUCCCGAUGGCGUGAACCUGUCUGCCUUCUGUGUACACGUGUAGUCAAACCUGCUGCUGUGUUUCUUGUCUGUGUCGUUGUGUUUCCACCAUGUCUGUAGUCAAAACGUGUUUAAAACUGUUCCUGUUCGCCGCAGUCACCGUCCUGGCCGUGCUGCUGCUGCGGCACUGGAUGGCCACCAAACAGUACGUUUUCAACAAGGAAGACGUCGCCAGAUUGGCCAAACAGUACGCAGGACAGGACCAUGAGCAGGCCUUCUCCAAAGUGGUGGUGGAGCUCAGGAAGAGGUAUCCUGGCCACAUCCUGCCAGACGAGGACCUGCAGUGGGUGUUUGUGAACGCCGGAGGUUGGAUGGGCUCCAUGUGUCUACUCCACGCCUCGCUCACGGAGUACCUGCUGCUGUUUGGUACUGCAGUGGACACAGGAGGACACUCAGGUCGUUACUGGGCCGAGAUUUCUGACACCAUCAUAUCCGGCACCUUCAGACAGUGGAAGGAGGGGACAACCAAGAGCGAAACAUACUACCCUGGCGACACCAUCGUACACAGCGUAGGCGAGGCCACGUCGGUCCAGUGGAGCACCGGGACGUGGAUGGUGGAGUACGGCCGAGGUUUCAUCCCCUCAACUCUGGGAUUCGCUCUGGCGGACACGCUGUUCAGCACCCAGGACUUCCUCACGAUGUUCUACACCGUGCGUGUCUAUGUCAAGGGUAUGCUGCUCGAGGCUGGUACAGUACUUGCAGAAGCCGGAGUUUUCUGAGGUGCGGUCGAGGCUUGGACGCCCGCACAGGAACAGUAACAUCAAAGGUUCGCCUUGUCAUCACACCAUUUUACCCCUGACCACUAACAUCUAGCAUGGGGAAAAAAUCUGUGCUAGAUCAUAUAUUUUUACCAGGAAUUAUAGACAAUCCAAAUUUUCAGCACUGUACUACAUUCAAGUUCUUACCCCUCAUUAAAGCUAUCCAAAAUUAAGUGUUUGAGGCCCUUUCCCCUUACCCUGUGACAUCAAAAGUCCCUCAGUGAUACUCAGCAUCUUACUGGACACAAUAAGCAUUCAACUGCCUACAUAGUCAGUGAGGUCUCCAGUAGGAUUUUAAAGAUCUGGCUUAAAGAAUGGAGCCCCAAAAACCCUUUUCACAAGUUGUUUGCCAAAUCUGAGAUUCUUACAUCAACUCUUUAGUAACCAAUCACUUUAAAAAAUAAGUUUGGAUUAUAAAAUGUUGAAGUGGUGAUUUAUAAAGAAAAGGUUGUUGACAACAAAUUUGGGGACCAAGGAAUCACUUUAAAAUCAAAUAUGCAAUGCUUAAUUUGGCUUGUAAAACAAACACAAACAUAUAUUAUGCAAAGCCAAAGCACACUAUUUUCUUAGUAAAUACCCAUUUCAUGUUUAUAUGCAUGUGGAUUCUCAGUAAAUGAGGGUCUGUAUGAAGAUCUAACUUCUCAAGCCAAUCACAGAAAUCAAUGUCAAGAAGUACUUUUGCUCCAAAGAUCAAAACCUCUCUUGACAUUUGGCUCCCAUUUCCUCAUUCACAAUCGAUAAUCUGUUUAUACUAAUAUAUAUUUUUUUGAAAAUGUUGAAAACCCGAGGGGAUAUGGUGGAGAAAACUGCCUGGAUGUGUGUGCGUUAUGUCCCUUUCGUCUCACAAUCCCAACUUUUUUAGGCUUAAUGUAUUAGCGUUCAAUAUUUUCUCUCUCAAAAUGUUGAGGGUUAUCCAUUAAAUUCAAUGACAGUAUUUCUUUUCAAACUGAAAAGCAGACAAUUUACACCAUAAAUUGAACACAAUGUAUGGUGCUGUUAAACACUAACGGAUACUUCUUUGGAGAAACUUGGGAGCCCUUUUAAAAUGUUUGUGCAAUUCCUAUUUAGCUUAGAAAAUGGAGAGAAAAAAAUGCUAUUUUUCUGUACUUAAGACCUCCGCCGUGUUAUACUGUAAUUGUACAGGUUUCAUUCAUUAAUUUAAUAAGAUGGAUUGUAAAAGGUGAUUCAAAAAUCUGAAAUAUUUCAGCAUUUUAUGAGCUUCAAUAGAGUUGGCACAAUCAUUUUGAAAACAUAACUGUAGAGAUAAACUUGAAUAAUAUUGUGCUCUGAUCAAGUGAGACUACUUGGCUACAGCCACCGUUCAUUGUCUGGAACUUUGCACUAGCCCAACAGGGCAAAAACAAAACUGUAUCCACAGGCCUCGUCCUCUACAACUCACUACAACUCAUCAUCAUAUAACGCAGAGAAAAAAAAUGGCAGGAAAUCAAAGCCGUUUGGAAAUAAUUAUUUACUUCACUUGGAAUUGUACUGUACAAGCAAAUCACUGCUGCUGAGUCCACCACCUCCCAGUUUGCACCUUUUCAGAUGAAACAGCCUUAUUUUCAGACUGAUGCCUGAAGCCAUGACGGACCAUAUAGGGUUUCUGUGGGAGUGUAACUGAAGUUAUUUGAGUAGCAGCAUCAGUAGCAGCGUGGUCUCAUGGAUGGAUGGAUGGAUGGCAAAACAAAAAAAACAUUAUCGCUGUACCUUAAAUGUUGAUGAGCGGAUGUGCAAUUUACUGUAAGGUAAAGAUAAAAACUGAGAUUGCCUGAAGAAAUAAAUGUUUUUGGAGGGAAAUGA